GCAAGAUGAAAUGGAAGGAUUUCGCCAGUAAGGGUAAACUGGGUCGUAAAGAUAGCAUGUUCCGCACCGGAGAGGGCCUUACGGCAAGAGUCGGCUUCACCGGGUCAGGCCAGCAAAUGCGCAAAGAUCCCACCAGGACGCGGCAUGUUUAUCAACAGGGCGAAGAAGAGGGCUACUGAGUCAUGCCACUCCAGUGGGAUCCUCGACUUACACCCUUCCCUUCCUCUUUUAUUUUGCGAGAUUUAGCGAUGGGAAUCAUCAGUUCUAAACCUAUCCCCUUCGUCCUCACCUUUGAUGAGAAAAAAAACAUGUUCUCUACGAUUCUUCUGCUGACUGAGCUCUUGAUGGCGCAGAUAGCAUCGGUAUUGUUCUUAUGGCCUAUAACUGAAGCGGGGGCGGUAUCAUGCACAAAACUGGGUCCUUUCUUUUUUUUCGAAAUAUGUGGGUCCUCUGCAUGUACUCUUGCAUCAGAAGACCAGCUUUGUCGACCUCAGCCCAAAGCCUAUUGUAUCAAGGCUCUUUGUAUGAGUGAUCGAUCUGUAGAAACACAACUGGAAGAUCCUUCCAGGUGCCAGUCAAUCUGACGCAACCUCAGCAUGCAUUUCAAUGGCGGCCGUCAUGAUGAUCGAAUCCGAGUCACGUAGACUAAUAUAUAUGCACUGAACGAGACAAUCAACAUGGAUGUGUCAAUUACUUCCAGUAUAAAAAGGAUAACACAGCCAUACCUAGAUAUCUAUCAGGGCUGUCUUUUUU